CCUUCAAAAUGAUGCAAGACAACCGUGUUUCCGCGACAUAAGCUACCACUCUAAAAGUUGUUUGUUUGUGUUGCAGCUGGAUUCGUAUAACAAGAGGCUUUUGGAGAAGCGGGAUCAGAACUACAAGGACUGGAUCGCCCACAAGAAAGAGUGCACAGAAAAGCGGCUUCUUGGUCAGAAAAGCAGAGUCAUUGGCCGCCCCAGCAUGGACCCGAAGGGCGACCCGAAGAGCGACCCGAAGAACGUGUGGAUCUGCGGACACUCUCUGGUUUACUGGGCCGAGUCCCGGGCCAAGUCCCCUGAGGUGGGCAUGCAGCUGGGCAUGGACCCCAGCCGGGUGACGGUGGGCUGGAAGGGGACGCAGGGCAUGACCUGGGCCCAACUUCUGCCCAUGCUGCACCAGCUGAAAGUUACCUGGCCGAACCCUGACGUGCUCAUCAUGCACCUGGGGGGCAACGACCUGAGCACCGACGCCCCCACGGACCUGCUGGCCUCCGUGAGGAAGGACCUGACCUCCAUGAGGAGCAUCUUCCCCUCCUGCCUGCUGGUCUGGUCCUAUAUCUUACCCCGCAGGGUGUGGCGUCACUCGGCCGACAGCCAGGAGGUGGACCUGGUCCGAUGUACCGUUAAUAGGCGGAUCCACAGCAUCGUGUCGGAGCUGGGCGGCGCCUCGUUGACGCACGAAAACAUCCGCUGCGGCGCCAACACCGGGCUGUACCGCGCCGACGGGGUGCAUCUGUCGCCCAAAGGCAUCGACGUGUUCAACCUCAACCUGCAGGACUUCCUGGAGCGCUGGGAGGCGGAGCUUACCGAGAAGAGCUGAGGCCCCGCCCCCUCCCUGUUUCUGGGUCAUAAAGCUCGAUUUUAGUUUCAACGCGAGGAUUUUCAGGAUUCCUGUCUUUAAAUGCUUUAAAUGCCUGUUUCUCUUUCUCCACCCUGUAAACUCCUGCUGUCUCUUUAAACUCACUUCUGGACGGUAUUUCUAAACGUGUUCAUGUACGUCCUGAUAGAGUAGUUGUGACUGCAGGUAAGACUUCCUUUAUUCUUCAUCUCGUGACGACUUGUGUUUCUGGUAACAAAAUAAUAAAGAUAUUGAUUUCA